AUGAGGCCGGACCGUGGUCCGGGAUUGGCCACCAAGGCCACCUCGCUUCGCCGACACUGCCACAAUGCCAAGGCCCGUUCCUUUACGUUUUCCCCCGCAGCCAUCAACAUUGUCGUUGGACACGUUCUCGAACAAGAGGACGGGCACGUCAUAGACCUCAUCACUCGUUAUACAACAAUCCCUUCUAUGCCACGAUGCGAUCAACAGCGACCCGUUUGCGGCCAGUGUCUCAAAUCGCGCGUUGAAUGUACAGGCUACGAACGUCAACGGGUCUUCAUCAACGCUAGCGGACCGGUGGCCGGCCAGGCCUUGUCUGUCUCACGGGCGUCUCCGCCCGUCUACGAUGUCUCGCUGCACCCCGAUCUCGCACGCUCGGCGUACGAGGUCAAGUAUCUUGAUCUCUUCUGGCGUGCGUACCUCCCCAGCGGCAAAGCCUUUACCCCAUAUGCAUCGGGAUACUCGAUCGGCGGCUGGACCGCUGUCUCUCGCGAUCUGUUUCACACGGAUAGCGCGCUGAGGAAAGCACUCCUCGCAAUGUGUCUUGGGACGCUCGGUCGUGAAGGUGGCGAGCCGUGGAUGGUGAGGGAGGGCUUGAGGUCCUACACGCAGGCGUUAGGCGAAAUGACUAUCGGACUACGAUCACCAGAAAAGAGGAGCUCGGAUGCGUUUCUGGUUGCGUCGAGGUUAAUGGGACUGUAUGAGCUUUUUGUCGACAGCCGCAUGCACCUUAUCAUCAUCGCCAUCAAGCUCCGGAGGCGCAACUUCCUCAGCUCUCCCGAGUGGAAGACCAUCCCGUGGACGAAUGCGGCCAAGGUGCCCAAAGACCUGCUUCUGGACAUCUUCGUGGAUAUCCCCGGCCUUCUAGAGGACCUUGAUGCCCUGGCGCUGUGUGACGAUGCGGCGUCGAGACCGUUGCUCUACGCACGGCUGGUUGCCGAUUGCUGGCGUACAGACGAGAGAUUGGUCUCAUGGUUCGAGGAGCAAAGUCCCCGAGCCCAUCUCGAAGCCCUCAAGGAACGUGAAUACAAGGAGCCCACCCCAGAAGACACUGCGGUUGCCAUGUCUAUGAGCCUGUAUUGGACCGCUUGCUUGCUCACGUAUUCCACGCUCAUUCUCGUUCUGACAUCCAAUCCGACAUCUCCGCUAGACAUUACUACCUUACCAGAGCGCAUGAACCUCAACUCUUACUGCGCUGCCAUUGCCGACAUCCUCGAGAUCUUCUUCCAGCCCAGUUCUGGCAUCUUCAGCGUGCAACUCGUCCCCCUGCCACUUGGUAUCGCGCUCUCUUACCUUGCGUCGACCCUGAAGCCGGGCACGCCGCCCCCCACGGAGCUCAAGAAAUUGCUCGGUUAUUUUACGCGGGGCGCAGUCGGCGAACGCCGACAGAUUCGAACGCGCAAUCAGUGGUAG